UUUUAAAAAAAAUACUUUAAUAUUAUCAAUAAUAAUGAAGUUGUUAUUAUCAGUAACAUUAGCGCUGGUCUGUGUUGCGCACAGUGUUUUGGCCGACACACCGGCCAACUGUACCUAUGAAGACAUACGCGGUGUUUGGACACUAUCCGAAUCGGACCGGUCGGCCGAAAAGACUGAAAAAUGUGAAGGCACUAUACGGGCCGUACAUCAAGUAAAGGUAGAGCUCCAGUAUCCCAAUGUUGCCGUCGACGAGUUUGGCAAUAAAGGCACGUGGACUAUCAUCUAUAACCAGGGUUUCGAAGUGGUUGUCAAUAAUCGUAGAUAUUUUGCUUUCUCUGACUAUAAACAAGAAGGCAGUCGUGUGACCAGUAUUUGUCAUGAAACCAAACCCGGUUGGUCUCAUGAUGUGUUGGGUCACAACUGGGCCUGUUUUACGGGACAUAAACAGACAAACGGUUCAAUGAUUGUCAAGACAUAUACUGUAGAUGAACGAGAAGCCAGUCUCAAGACACGUGUGUUCAGACAGAGUGCCGAUGCGAUCGCCAAAAUCAAUUCAAUGCAAAACCUGUGGACAGCCAAACAUUAUCCAGAGUUUGAGGGCAAAACCUACGCUGAAAUGGAACUGUUGGCCGGCGGACCUAAAUCUAAGAUUAUUGGUCGUCCCCAACCGGCACCAGUUACCGACGAAGACCGCUAUUUAGCCAGUCAGUUGCCCGAUGAGUUUGAUUGGCGUAACGUUAGCGGUGUUAACUAUGUUAGUCCUGUCCGAAAUCAAGGAGGUUGUGGCAGUUGUUUUGCAUUUGCUUCGGUCCAUAUGAUCGAAUCCAGACUCCGACGAUUGACCAACAAUACCGAACAAGUAGUACUGUCGCCGCAGGACAUUGUCAGCUGUUCCGAGUAUUCACAGGGAUGUGACGGUGGCUUUCCAUACCUGACCGCUGGUAAGUACGCUCAAGAUUUUGGCCUAACUCUCGAAGCCAACUAUCCAUACGAAGGCCGAACCACAAAAUGUACGCCAAAAAAACAGGGCAAUCGUUACUAUACUGCUCUAUACAAUUAUAUUGGCGGCUUUUAUGGCGGUACCAAUGAGGAACGUAUGCUUGUAUCGCUGGUCAACAACGGUCCGUUUGCCAUUGGUUUUAUGGUUCACGGAGACUUCCAGAGCUAUCACUCGGGUAUCUAUCGGCACACACAUGUCACACACGAUGAAACGGCUGCACAGUUGGCCCGAUUUAAUCCGUUUGUUGAGACCAAUCACGCGGUCACUGUUGUCGGCUACGGCAAAGACCAAAGCUCAGGGCUUAAGUACUGGACAGUGAAAAACAGUUGGGGCGCCAGUUGGGGUGAACAUGGUUAUUUUAGGAUUCUCCGUGGCACCAAUGAGUGCGGUAUGGAAAGUAUAGCACUUGAGGCCAUUCCUAUACCUAACUGAGCUGACUAUUAUAAUCAGUACUAUAGUUAUGAUGAUAAUUUUAUAAUUAUAAAAUUCUU